UCUUUUGCUCUCCUACAAAGAAGAAAUUCGCGCUUCUUAUAUAGAAGUCGGUAAUUAAAAUGUGCAAAACAAUUAACAAUCAAUACAAAUUAAAUAAUAGAUUAUCAUAGGCCACCGACAAAGCAAAUAUGCUAAUGAGUAAUGGAAAAUGCGAGAUAACAAAGAUAAGGCCGUCAAGUGAUUACCGGCACUAUCAGGGGCAGAUUACAAUGUAGAAUAACAAAUAUUCGCAGUUCACGUUUGCGAGCUUUAGACAUGGGCCUGUUUGGAGGUUUCAGGGCCAAAUUUAGUAAGGAUAGCAACGCCAAGAAAAUAGAUAAAAACGAAGUUGUAUGCCUUGGAUACCGCGUUUACUCGGAAUUUGAUAACGUGCAGUAUGUUCCGCCCACCGCGCCAGUGAAAAAAUCUCAACCUCAACUUCAUUCAGCACAACUCGACAAUAGGAGAGCCUUGCCUGAUUCAUCCAAACAGAGUCAAAACUCGCAAACGAGAGAAAACCUCAACCGGCCUCCCACGUCAAACGUCCAGCCCCAACCAAAGAAGCCCUUGGUUGCAAAAAAUAAUAUCAAAAAAACAACCGCGAUUGUGACUACAAACAACAAUGACGAGUAUUCCAAUACCAAUGGAAGCAAUGAAAAACACACAAAAUCUAUUCUAAAAGCCAGCAAAUACACUGACGACGCCACCCAGUCGGUAACAGUAGCUAACGAACAAUUUAACAAUUCCGACACUAGAAUAGAAAACAAUUACUUAUCUGUAUCAAAUGUAGAUGGCAAUAACUCUACCUAUAUUCAGAUAACAAACAAAAGCACAAGCACCGAAACCAAAAUCAAGGAAGAGGGGUCGCAUUCAGAUAUAUACUACAACCAACAAUUGACCACCUUCGGAUACACAACUAGUCAAGCAGCUAAUAUUUUCUUUGGCGAAGACGAGCCCGAAGUUGUAAGGCCGCGAAGAGUUGAACUUCACGAAGUGACAGACGAUGAAGAUGAGAGGGCUAACGCAGCGGAUUGCUAAAGUUUUACUCAAAAAUGUCAAUUUCAAUUUAUAAUUAUCAUUUUGCCCGGUUUAUAAACAUUAGUGUAUGGAAUUGACACAGUUGAGGGAGUGCUGAUGCUGUCAGAUCAUGUUUCAUCAUGUCGAUAAAUUUAAGUCUUAUUUAUAUUACGAAUUAUAUUAUAUUUCAUUAAUUCUGUUUUGUUUCUCUUAAUUUUUUUACCUUAAUAAUAACAAUACUUUCAAAUAAUUAAUGCAAAAUAUCUCCCCAUUUUUUCUUA